AUGGCUCGCAGCUUCUCUGCACUCAACCGGCCUCCGCCCAAGUAUCCCGGCCAUGUGCCUUUGACUAGGAUCGAGCAGGCUGGCAUGGCGCUCGGAUCUGGCAUCAUGUCGCUGCUGAAUCCCUACCGUGCUGAUCUCAUUGCCACCCUAGGCGAGGCCACGGCAACCCCCUACUUCAUCUACCGCCUCCGCGACGCCAUGCUGGCCCAUCCUACAGGCCGUCGCAUCCUUCGCCUGCGUCCGCGAAUCAGCUCCAAGACGCUCAGCAUCCCGGCCCUCCGCGCCCUGCCGGAAAACUCCGUCGGCCGCGCCUACGUCUCCUGGCUGGACCGGGAGGGCGUGUCCCCAGACACUCGGUCGCCGGUGCGGUACAUUGACGACGAGGAGUGCGCGUACGUGAUGCAGCGGUACCGCGAGUGCCACGACUUCUACCAUGCGCUGACGGGGCUGCCCACCGUGCGCGAGGGCGAGGUUGCGCUCAAGGCCUUUGAGUUUGCCAACACGCUGAUCCCCAUGACGGGACUGAGCAUGCUGGCCGUGGCCACGCUCAAGCCGGCCGAGAGGCGCCGGUUUUUCAGCGUGUACAUGCCGUGGGCGGUCAAGAACGGCGUGCGCAGCAAGGAGAUUAUCAACGUCUUCUGGGAGGAGGAGCUGGAGAGAGACGUAGAGGAUCUGAGGCGGGAGCUGGGCAUCGAGCAGCCGCCAGAUCUGCGAGAGAUUCGCAAGCGGGAAAAGGAGGAGAAGAAGCGACUCAAGGAGAUGCGGGCCCAGGGGUUUUGAUGAAUAUGAUGCCUGAUGCUCCACGGUGGUAUCGUCUCAUAUGAGGCUUGUUUCUUUCUUUCUUUCUUUCUUUUUCCUGCACUUGAUGACUAUCGAUGUCAUCUCGUCAUGUAGCCCUCAAGAGCUGUGUAUUAUUAUGAUUUUUUUUUCCUCUUGCCUUUUUUGUUCUCUCUUUCUCUCUUCUUCUUUCUCCUUGUCUCACCCAAUUCCAUGCACUUUGAACGACUUUGUACCUUUU